ACAGUUGGAUGGGAACUUCGAAAUCACAUGACUGGUGACUAAGUUAAAUCUUUCCUCCUUACCGUGGAGUCCGAUGAUCUUCCUUGCUUAAAGUGUCGGAAGUGUUUAAUCAUGUUGCCAUUUAUUCUCUUUUCUACGCUGCUUUCUCCCGAGUUUACUGAAUCUGAGGAGCUACAGUGGGUCUGCAACUCCUCCGACGCAACCUUUUCCUACAGUUACUGUGAUGACAUGAAAUUCCCUUUUUCAGUUAGUGCUGAGCCCUGUAUAACACUGAAGGGUACCAGUGGAUUUUUGCGUAUCAAGUUCAUUCCGA